CUUUCGAGUUUAUCAUCAAUAACAAUGGUCUCACAGAUGAUCACAACUACCCAUAUACGGGAGUAAACGGGACCGGCUGCCGCAGCAAAAUCUCGUCGGCCAUAAAGGCAGCGGCAUGGAUCACAGGCUACAAAAACGUUCCGAUUAAUGACGAGAGGGCUUUGUUACUGGCCGUGGCUAACCAGCCGGUCUCCGUCGUAAUUCAGGCAGGCCAAAAGGCGUUCCAGUUCUAUCGCAAAGGCGUGUUCUCCGGCAGCUGCGGAUACAACCUUGAUCACGGCGUCACGAUCGUCGGGUAUGGGAAAACUGAGGGCAGGGAGUAUUGGGUGGUAAAGAACUCAUGGGGGCUUGAAUGGGGUGAAAUGGGUUACAUUAGAAUGGAAAGAGGCAUUUCUGACCCGAGGGGACUCUGUGGCCUUGCCAUGGUUCCUUCCUAUCCAACUGUGGCGGCUUAAUUACCUUCUUUUUUUCCGAAAUUAUUUCAUGUGCCUAUUUAUUUUGUUUGACAAAUGGUGCGUGCUUAAUUGGUAUUACAUGUGUUUUUGUUUUUGUUCCUUUAUUUUGUUUGCAAGUAUAUUAUGCUUAUUUCUAAAGCUAGUUACGCUAUGACAACAUACAUACAUACAUAUAUACAUACUACUAUCUCUAUUCUCUUUUAA